AUGCCCCCGCACUUCAGCAAGAGACCCAGAAGACUCAGGCCGCCCGGAAGUCGUCAAUCUCUCCAGCAAUUGACAUACUCGGGCUAUUUUCCCUCUCGCGCUCUCGAUGAUGUUGAUGGUACGCUGAAAGAUGGCCGGUUUUGUCUUCAGAAGAGGCAGGUUUUCGUUACACAGCUUGAUCAAGUCCUCGAGGUCGACAACACAGGUUCGCGCCAGCUCGAGACAGGGACGGACUGCGGUUACGGUGGAGGUGUGGUCGAGGGGGAUAUUGAAGAGGAGAGCUUUGAAAUGAGAACGAUACAGCGGGGAAACCUGGAAGAACGGUCGCCCAGGUUGGCCCAAGACAACUUCAGCUGCGAGUCCAAGCUCAAAGCUGGGUGGUUCAGAACCCGUCUUUGA